AUGGAGCCAACAUCGACCCAUUCUACUAGCUCAAACAACGAAAGCCUCAGAAAGACUCAGUCCAAUUCUAGGAUUAUUAAAGAUAGUAAUUCUGUAUUGAACAGGUUAAAAAGUGAACUCAAGCAAUUGAUGUUUUCACAACCACCCGGAGUUUCGGCUUUUCCCGACUCGGACAAUUUAUUUAGUUGGGUCGGAUCGAUAACGGGACCAGAAGGAACGAUAUAUGAAGGUUUAACUUACAAGAUCAUCAUGAAGUUUCCGUCAGACUAUCCAUUUUCGGCCCCGUGUGUUCAAUUUCAAACACGCUGUUAUCAUCCAAAUAUAGAUGAAAUCGGUAACAUCUGCCUAGAUAUCCUCAAGGAUAAUUGGUCGGCCAUUUAUAAUGUGACUAGUAUCCUUGUUUCUUUACAAAGUCUUCUUGGAGAACCUAAUAUUGAUAGUCCAUUAAAUAACGAAGCUGCGGAACUCUGGGCUAAGCCAGAAGGUAAUAAAUAUUCGCUUGAUUAUUUCCCAUUUCGCGUUAAUAAUCCUUUUUGUAAACUUUUAACAUCGGUCGCUUUGCGGCUUCGACAAGCCUUUCACUCUUUAGGAAGUGUGGUCACGCAUCCACGCUCGCAUAUCAGACAAUUGUGGAGUUCAGUUUUCGGACAAUAUCAAAAAAAUUCAAAGGAUAUGUCACAACCUAACACAGAUCACAUACCUUCAUCAUCUUCACCUACCCAUCAUUGGAUCACUGAUGAUGAGGAUGAAGAUCAAAAAGGAUCAUGUACGACCCCUUCAAAAAAUACUGCAAAGAGAUAUGCCACUUAUGAAUUAAAUUGGCAAGAUAACAAUAGUUCCGAUUAUUUCGAUUGUGAUUCAAAUGAUGACAUACCUGAUCAUAAUAUUAAUUCACAAAAUAAUGGCACCCCCGUGGAUGAUUCCGUACAGCCUGCUAGAUGUUCAUCACCUAACACGUCACCCCUUACAAUUCCAUCACCUUCCGCUUCUCAAGAACCAUCACAACAGAAUGACCAACCUCGAUCCACUUCAUCUCAUUCCGAGAGUUCAAUUCCCCCAAUUUCCCCAAUCAAUACUAUGAGUCGACCUGAAUCACGUGUCUCGACCGAUAAUGAACCCCAAUCACCAUUUGGAGGGAUUACGGUAACGACUGUUAAAGUGAUGAAUCAACCAUCCAUACACGUACCUGUCAUACACGAACAUAAACAAAAUAUCAAUAAGUUUUCACCUCCGCAGACGCCACAGCAUCAGCCACCAUUGCCACAAUCACGCGUUAAAGAUUUUUCAACCGAAGAUUCUAAAAUGUUGAAACAGAAAAAACGUUCUUCAAUGAUUCGUUCUCAAAAAAGUAGAGGGGGCAAAGGGAAGAGUUUUAACACGAAUAGUAAACAACCGGCGAUCAUGAUACCAAAUGAACAAUCAUUUAUUGACCCAAGAUUAUUAGCACAACGAUCCCCUUUUAGAUCUCCUUCAAAAACAAACCGAAGGCAGGUUAAAAAAGGCGGAAAUGUUAAUAAAAAAAAAAUGUCUCAAAAGAAUAUGGAAUUCGCACCUACUUCGAACCCAGUACAUUCUAAUGAUCCAACAGAUAUGGAGGCUGACUUACUUCCAGUUAAAAACCAAACGUACCCAUGGUUACCGGGAUCAUCCAAACCACCUCAAUUACUUCACGCCUCUUUAGUUCCCCUUCCUCGACGUGUAGACCUUAGGAAGCGCGAGUCAAUCAUUGUACCAAAUCCAAAUCGUGCGUCCUUAGUAUUUAGACGUCACAUUUUAGAGGAAAGUUUGAUGAUGUCGUUUGGUGGAAUGGUGGGUAAUGUUAAUAGUAAACCACAACCUCCCCAAAUAUCAAGACCAAUUAUUAAACGAAAAACCAAAAAAUGUAGCAAUGCCAAAGUAGAAGAUAGAGAAGCAAGACGAGAGAGACGAAGAAAAGAAAAAUUGGAAAAAAGAUUUGCCGAAGAAGCGUCAAAUAAUAGCAAUAAUGUAAAUGUUCAAAUAGAAGGGGUAAAAUUAGAAAAUAAGAAUGGUGACGAAAUUGUCACUAAAACUUUAGAACAGAAUAGAAUUAUAGAAUAUCAAGAACUUGCUGAAAAAGUUGAAAUGCGUAAGAAAGAAAACCAAUCUUCACCGAGUAAAUCAUCACAAGAUACAACAAUGAGCGAUUAUUUUUCACAACGAAGAUCUAAAGAUGAUGUUUCAUCAUCACCACCAGAACGAAAAAAGGAUGAUGAUAGCCCACAUUGUGAACCCCCAAUCAACAAACCGCCUCAUUUAGUAGCUCGUUCGAACUCCCUUGAACAUAUUUUAAGUAAGGAAAUGUCGAAACGUAAACAACCACCAUAUUCCCCGCCAAAUUCACCACCAUCGCCCGUGUCACGCACCCCACGUCCUAUUCCUUUGGAAGAAAGUGAAUCGGAUUCAUUUCAACCAUUGCCUUCUCCAGUUUUGACUUCAAACAAAUAUCAAAAAGUUGGAAUUAAUAUUCUAGGUGGAAUCUUUAAUAAACAAACAGUAAGGGAUGCUACAAGCCCACCAGUUUCGCAAAUGAGUUCGCCUGUAUUACAUCAAAUGCCAUCUCCUUUAUCACCAAGAUCGCCAUCCGCACCAAUUCCGUUGAUAUUGCCAUUACGUUCACCUAUUAAUAAUCCACCACAAUCUCCACCAUUAAGUCCAUCAAGAACUUCGAGAUUCCCACAACAGUUGCCACGAAUUGUAAGACCUCGCCGUGGAGUUGAAAAUGAUCCAAGCAGUCCUCCCGCUAUUCCAGAUCCAGAGAAAUUAAGAAAGAUGGAAAGAUUUGAAGCUUUAAUUGCUAACUCAGAAAUGUCGAGUAGUAAAAAACCAAUCACUGGAAAAAUAAAAGCCCUAAUUUCAAACACUUCUACAGUUGUAACGACUGCUGCUUCCUCUUCUAGUAUCACGAAUUCUAAUCCUAGUAUUGGUGUCCCUUUAAAUUCUAAUUUUCUUGGACGUUCAAGUGAAACUAAUUCAGAAUCACAAAAAGAGAAUAGGCAAAAAGAUUUAGCUAGAAACUCAUCAUCGACCAAUUCUGUAGCCGGAUCUGUUCAUUAUAGACCAGAGGAAAAAGCAAAAUUAGGAAAACCAAGUCAAGUAGAUGUUGAUGGUGUAAUAAGAGUGACAUUAACUCCGGCAGUUUGUCGAUGA